CCCCUUUUUAGAGAGAGAAGGUGACUGUGCUGCUAGAGAGAGAAAGCGAGGGACCAACCCAUAGGAGAAAAAGACCAAACGAAGGGAAUAUAGACUUCACAACACUACAAGAAGAUCCAAAAAAAAAAAAUACUGAAGGGAGUGAAGAAUAUACACGAGAAAACCAGAUCUUUCCUCUUCAUUUCCUUCCUCUUCCUUCUCUGUUCCAUCUCCGCCUACCCUGAAGAAGCAUCUCCGCUGCGGGGUGAAUCUCGAAGCUACUUUCCGGGAGAAUUCACAGUGAUUCCUUUUGGUAGUGGCUGGGAUUCUCUCGCGGAUCUCACGUAAGAAUCGGAUUCCACCGCAGGCAGAGAUUCUGUGUUAUUUGAAGCCCUGGAAGUUUUGAUCCUGGUCGGAAAGGUUUAUUUGACUCUUUAAUGCUGGAUCGUGGCUUCUAUCUGCUGGGGGGAAUGAUCUGACAUGCAUGCCUAUUGAAUCCGCCUAGCUUCAAUCCCCUUCCCCUUUGUUUUAAUAUGUCAGGAGUUGAAGAAAUCGGAACCCUUAAGGAGAUUAAGGAGAGAAGGUCAGAUUUUGAUAUCUCAGAAGAGGAAAGAAGGCACUCGAAAAUCAGGAAUUUGCGAAAGAAAGCAAUAAAUGCUUCGAACAAGUUUACUCAUUCCCUAAAGAAAAGGGGGAAAAGGAAAAUUGACUACCGGAUUCCUUCAGUUUCCAUUGCUGAUGUAAGGGAUGAAAAAGAGGAAAGUUUUGUGCUUGACUUUCGUCGUAAGCUUCUUGAGAGGGAUUUGUUGCCCCCUAGACAUGAUGACUACCAUACUCUUCUGAGAUUUUUGAAAGCUAGGGACUUCAACAUCGAAAAAACCUUCCAGAUGUGGGAAGAAAUGCUUAGAUGGAGGAGAGAGUAUGGGACAGACACCAUACUAGAGGAUUUUGAUUUCGAAGAGCUGGAAGAGGUAUUGCAAUAUUAUUCUCAAGGGUAUCAUGGAGUUGACAAGGCAGGCAGGCCUGUCUACAUUGAAAGACUUGGCAAAGCUCAUCCUACAAAGCUUAUGCGUAUCACCUCCAUAGAUCGAUAUCUAAAAUACCAUGUGCAAGAAUUUGAGAGGGCUCUCUUGGAGAAAUUCCCUGCAUGUUCGAUUGCAGCAAAGCGCCGAAUCUGUUCCACGACUACAAUCUUAGAUGUGCAAGGGCUGGGGAUGAAGAACUUCACACCAACAGCUGCAAGUCUCUUGGCUGCUAUGUCAAAAAUAGACAAUAGCUACUACCCUGAGACUUUGAAUAGGAUGUACAUAGUAAAUGCGGGGACAGGUUUCAAGAAGAUGCUUUGGCCUGCAGCUCAGAAGUUUCUGGAUGCUAGGACCAUAGCAAAGAUACAUGUGUUAGAGCCCAAAGCUUUGUCCAAAUUACUUGAAGUAAUUGAUUCAAGUCAAUUGCCCGACUUCUUAGGAGGGUCAUGCACUUGCUUUGCUGAAGGAGGGUGUCUUGGUUCGAACAAGGGACCAUGGAAUGAUCCUGAAAUUGUGAAGCUCAUCCACAAUGGAGAGGCAGCCCUUGUACGUCAAAUCACCAGAACAGUACACGGUGACCCUCAGAAUUCUUCCUGUUACAUUAGUAGACAUCCAACAAAGGUUACGCAAACCUGCAGUUCAGGAGCAGAGCGUGUAUCUUGUGCUGAUGAUCCCAGUUCUCUUGGCGAAGUGAGUUGUAGGGCUGGUAUGCAGGCUAGGGCGUCUGAUCCUAAUGGAUAUUACAGUUGUGAUGACAAGUUCCCUGUGCCUGACAAGGCUUUGGAAACUAAAUCUCACUUCCAGAUGCUUGAAUUGGAUCAAACGGCUGAUAGUCUAAAAGACAAAACAUCGCGAUCAGGUGCUCUCAACGUCCGAAGGCUUCAUAAUUUGAAGGGAGCUGUUGAAAUGACAAAACCUGAGAGUCUAGCGAAAGGGUUUCUUUCGAUUAUGCUGAAACUAGUUGCACUUGCCAGAUUUAUACCGUUCGAGAUCUUGAGAAAGCAGAACACCGUCUCUCAAAACUCGGCAGAAAAUGGCGGGACCACGACAAGCCAUAUCCAAACUCAUACAGAUCCCGCAGUGGAAGAUAGGAUUAUUCCAUGUAUGGAGCGCCUGCAGAGUCUGGAGAAAGAGUACGAGGAGCUCAGAAACAAACCCACGAGAAUACCCGUGGAGAAGGAUAGAAUGUUGAUGGAUUCUCUAGAAAGGAUCAAGUCAGUUGAGUUUGAUCUUGAAAAAACAAAGAGGGUUUUACAUGCAACGGUGAUAAAACAAAUCGAGGUAACCGAAAUGUUGGAGAGACUGCGGGAAUCUCAGCCGCAUCAUAGAAGAAGAUUCUUCUGCUGAAUGAUCAGAAGAGGCUUUUGCAAAGUCAAGAAGAAGCUCCAAAGAGCAAACAACAACAGCAACAACUUGCACAUAAAGAGAGGGCAGACAGAUUCCGAGAGAACGCCCUCAGUUUUGCCUUUCUCCUGUAACUGGUCUUAGAAGUCUUGUCUUCCCCUUCCCUCUCUGCUUCCACCUAUAAAGAAAAAUAUUUCCCAUUGUUA